GUCCAAAUCAUUAUAUGCUUUUUAAUUUAGAUUUAAAUAAUUCAACUGCAUCAUUGAUCCAUUUGGAUAAAUGUACGGUACAUUUGGGGUACCAUAGAAUCUACCAAAAUAUAAUAGUUCUAUCUUGAAACAUACGAACGUCUAUUUCACAUAAUUUUCCUUUUUUAUUUUAAUGAAUCAAACACUACCCGAGAGACUCACUAGAAGUGUUUUCCUUGUGCAAAAGUGAUUUUUCUUACAUGCCACGAGAGCUCGCGAUCGCUGCCGGCGUGGACUAUAAAUGAUGCAAGGAGCAACAAUUUUUGCAACAUCAAACCAGGAAAUCUUUCAUUUAGUGAAGAGAUUACUAAAAUGGCAGAGGUUGAAAUCGUAUCAACAUGCUUAAUUGGAGCUGCCUGUGCACCACCGGCGGAAAGGUCAAGAAUUGAGUUGACCCCAUGGGAUCUGCAACUCCUCCUCAUUGGCACCAUCCAGAAAGGACUCCUCUUCCCAAAACCCACCAUACAACAGGAACAAAACCUCUUCAUUCACUCGACGCUAAUUGAUCGCCUGAAAACCUCUCUUUCCGCCACCCUCGAUUUCUUUCCUCCGCUUGCCGGCCGUUUUGCCACGGACGAGGAGGAUGAGAAGAAUAACACCUCUACCGUUUUUGUCGACUGCAAUAAUGCAGGCGUCGAGUUCGUAGAAGCCAAGGCCGCCGGCGUCACCGUCGCGGCCAUUCUUGAUCCGUCCAACGACGCCGCCGCAAAGACAAUCCGAUCUUUCUUUCCCCUUAACGGAAUCCGGAACCUCGACGGGAUCUCCAAGCCGCUGCUGGGUGUGCAAGUAACAGAGCUUCUCGACGGCUACUUCAUCGGCUGCACUUUGAACCACGGCCUCGGCGACGGCGCUUCCUUCUGGAACUUCUUCCGCUCUUGGGCGGAGCUAUCACGCGGUUGCCCUCAAAUCUCGGAACCUCCCAUCCUGGACCGCUGGUUCCCGGAAAGCACUACCCGCCCCGUUCGUCUCCCUAUGGCUCUCAACAAAGAAAGACUAUCUCUUGGCGGUCUGAAAACUCCGCCGGCAUACCCAGAGAGGGUAUUCCGGCUAACCAGAGAAACCAUAGCCAAGCUCAAAGAAAAAGCAAACUCCGAAUUGGGAAUUGAAAACAACAAUUCCGUCUCCUCCCUGCAGGCAUACAUGGCCCACAUAUGGCUAUCCGUCACUCGCGCACGGGAACUCGACGGGAGCGAGGAUGUUCAAAUCUCCAUUACCAUCGGAACCCGAUCGAGGGUCCCGCUGCCGAAAGGGUACUGGGGAAACGCGCUUUACGUAAAGAUGGUGACCGCGAAAGCAGGGGAGCUGUUGGAGAAAGGAUUGGGCUGGGCAGCUUUGAAGCUGAAGGAAACUGUGGAGAAACAGGGGCGCGAAGAAGUGAUGAAUGGGUAUUUGAGCUGGGUGAGAUCGCCGGCGUUUCUCGGCGAGAAGAAGCUUUUCCUGACUAGUAAUACGCUGGUCAUAGGCAGCUCUCCCCGGUUCGACAUGUACGGAACGGAUUUCGGGUGGGGAAAGCCGGUUGCGGUGAGGAGCGGAAUGGCGAAUAAGUCGGACGGGAAAGUGACGCUUUUUGCUGGACCGGAGGAAGGGAGUGUGGAUAUAGAGCUCUGUAUUCUUCCCAAGACUUUAAUGGGACUGUGUAACGAUCCAGAGUUCCUGGAGUAUGUCACUAUUCCUGGAAUUUGAAAUUUUAAACUUCCCAUCCGUCCUGUCGAAAUAAUGUUUUCACCAACCUCUUGUUUAUGUUGACGAGUUUAAUGUUUUGUUUAUUGAGAAAAAAGUGUCC